AUGGAGGCGAUGCAUCCGACGGCCGGGUGGGAGAAAGUGGGAGAUAAGUUUUACCGCAAGACCCAACUGUAUACCGCGAUAUUCGACCAGGAUCUUGACUUGGACAAUUAUAUCGUUGCUGGUGCUCCAUAUGGCGGCGCUGUAGCAAUAUGUCGAGAUGAUACUAAAAUCGUAUCUUAUCAGCCUUCUAAGUCGUCAAAGCCCAGUAUUGACAUAUAUAGUUGUGCUGGUAAGCUGUUGAAAAGCAUUUCCUGGGAUAAGGGUUCCAUCAAAGGCCUUGGUUGGUCUGAAGACGAGAAACUUUUAGUCGUGAGCUACGAUGGGACCGUGAGAUGUUACUACAACCUGCAAGGAGAUUUUACACAAUUCUCCCUCGGUCGUGAAGCCGAAGAUUUCGGUGUGCAUUCAUGUCGAUUUUACGAUCAUGGUAUGGUUGCCUUACUUACUAAUAAUAUACUCAUUUCUGUGUCCUCAUACGAUGAACCACGGCCAAAAGCCCUCGCAUCGCCACCGGAAGGAGAAGUUUACGCCUGGGCUAUCAUCUCUCCGAGCUUCACGCUGUCUAGGUCGGUAGAGGUGCUCUUAAGCAUUAACAAGACUGUCUAUGUUGUGGAUAAAACCGACUGUGAAGAUCGAUUCCUUGACAUCGGCCCAUUCUCACACAUUGGCGUGUCUCCGAAUGGGAAGUUUGCGGCACUCUAUGCUACGGACGGGAAAGCUCACGUUAUUACGGCCGACUUUCAGAGCCGGUUAAGCGAACAUAAUUCUGGGUCUCAGCUUAGACCUAAAUACUUAGAAUGGUGUGGCAAUGACGCUGUUGUCAUCGCAUGGGAAGAUGAGGUGAACGUUGUAGGACCUAACAAUGCCGUGGCGAGCUACGUUUAUGAAGGUCGCGUCCACGUAAUACCGGAUCACGAUGGCGUACGAUUAAUUACUAAUGAUGUCUGCGAUUUCCUCCAAAAAGUACCAGAUGUUACAGAUGAAGUAUUCCGUCUUGGUAGCGGGUCGCCAGCUUCCGUCUUACUCGAUGCUGUAGAGCAGCUCGAGAAUCAGUCGCCAAAAGCUGACGAUAACAUUCAGCUUAUAAGACCAAAUCUUGUUGAAGCAGUUGAUACGUGCGUUGCUGCUGCUGGACACGAAUUCAAUGUCCACUGGCAGAAACAACUAUUGAAAGCUGCCUCGUUCGGCAAGUCAGUACUAGAUAUAUACAAUAGUGACGACUUCGUUGACAUGUGCGAGACAUUACGAGUGAUUAAUGCCGUACGAUAUUACGAAGUCGGCUUACCCCUAUCCUACGAACAAUAUCAACGCCUUACACCCGAAGGACUAAUCCAGAGGCUCAUAAACCGCCAUGAAUAUCUACUUGCUCUUCGGAUUGCCGGGUACCUACGCUUACCCACGGACCGCAUAUUCGUCCACUGGGCUUCCGCAAAAGUCCGAAUCGGUACAGAAGAUGAAGAGACCAUCUGCCGAAUGGUGGUAGAAAAGCUGUCAGGAAAGCCGGGCAUUUCCUUCGAGGCCAUCGCCCGCGCUGCUUACGACGAGGGCCGCGGCCGACUGGCUACAGAGCUUCUGAAUCAUGAACCUCGCGCAGGACGACAGGUCCCGCUCCUCCUAAGCAUGGAAGAAGACGAAAUCGCGCUUGAUAAGGCGAUCGAGAGCGGCGACUCUGACCUAAUCCUCUUUGUGCUGCUCCAGCUGAAGAAAAAGCUCCCACUAGCAUCCUUCUUCCGCGUAAUUAACGCACGACCGACUGCCACUGCGCUCGUUGAGUCGUCAGCAGCCUUAGAGAAUGAUAAUGCGCUCCUUAAAGAUCUUUAUUAUCAAGACGACCGCCGAGUAGAUGGCGCAGGCGUGUUCGUCCAUGAAGCCCUGCGACAACCUGAUGCACGUACAGCAAACGAUAAACUCGCCCUUGCCGCGAAGUUGUUAUCUGAUUCGAAGGAAAACUAUUUCGAGUUGGCAGCUUUGAAGGAAGCAGCUCAGCUUUUGCGCAUGCAGGAGGCUUUGGAUCGAGACCUAACCGACACGUUUACCGGGUUAAGCGUCAAUGAGACUCUAUUCAAGUUGAUUCGCUUGGGUUACCAUAACAAGGCUAAGAAGAUCCAAAGCGAGUUCAAGGUUCCGGAGAGGGUGGCUUGGUGGAUCCGACUUCGAGCACUCGUCGCGAAACGGGACUGGAACGAAAUCGAGGACAUUGCUAAGAGCAGAAAAAGCCCGAUUGGCUGGGAGCCGUUCUUCAACCAGAUCCUGCAAGCGGGCAACGCCAACCUUGCAGCCUCCUUCAUUCCUAAGUGCACGAAUCUGGAAGCUGGGGCCGCCAUCACCAUGUACGAGAAGUGCGGCCUACGCGUUAAGGCCGCGGAGGAAGCCGUCAAGGUCAAAGAUGCCGAUGCAUGGGCUCGUUUGUUGGAUGCUGCCGGUAGAGACACGGCAGAUGGGAGGGCUAUCGAGAAGUUGGGGGCACAGGUGUUUAAGAAGUAA